AUGGGAUGCGCUGUAAGCAACACGGGUGAAAAGGCUGCGGCCGAAAGAUCCAAGAAAAUUGACAAGGAUCUACGUAUUGAUGGCGAACGAGCUGCCAGUGAGGUCAAACUUCUUCUUCUGGGUGCUGGAGAGUCCGGUAAAUCUACGAUAGUGAAACAGAUGAAAAUAAUCCACGAGACUGGAUACAGCAGGGAAGAAUGCGAGCAAUACAAGCCGGUUGUUUACAGCAACACAAUUCAGAGUCUUAUGGCGAUAAUUCGGGCCAUGGGCCAGCUGAGAAUAAAUUUCGCUGACCCGAAUAAAGCUGAAACAGCGCGGCAAUUUUUUACCCUAGCUUCCGCGGCAGAGGAGGGUGAGCUCACUGGGGAACUUGUGCUGCUAAUGAAGAGAUUAUGGCAAGAUGCAGGAGUGCAGCUUUGUUUCACACGUAGCAGAGAGUAUCAAUUAAAUGACUCCGCUGCGUAUUAUUUGAAUGCUCUGGAUCGGAUUGCGCAGCCUAAUUAUGUACCGACGCAACAAGAUGUCCUGAGGACUCGGGUUAAAACGACGGGAAUUGUAGAGACUUAUUUUGCCUUCAAAGGAUUGCAUUUCAAAAUGUUCGACGUCGGCGGCCAGAGAUCGGAAAGGAAAAAGUGGAUUCACUGCUUCGAGGGAGUAACGGCGAUAAUAUUUUGCGUUGCUCUGAGUGGCUACGACCUUGUGCUUGCUGAAGAUGAAGAAAUGAACCGCAUGAUCGAGUCGAUGAAGCUAUUUGAUUCGAUUUGUAACAGUAAGUGGUUCGUAGACACGUCAAUAAUUCUAUUUUUAAAUAAGAAAGAUCUGUUUGAGGAGAAAAUAGCCAAGAGCCCACUAUCGAUCUGUUUUCCGGAGUACAAAGGCGGCAACUCAUUCGAAGAGUGUGCUGCUUACGUGCAAAUGAAAUUUGAAAAUUUAAAUAAACGCAAAGAUCAAAAACAGAUCUACACACACUUUACCUGUGCAACUGAUACAUCGAACAUUCAGUUUGUGUUUGACGCGGUAACUGAUGUGAUUAUUAAAAAUAAUUUAAGUAAUUGCGGACUGCUAAGUUGA